ACUCUGAAAGAGAACUUUGUACGAUAAACACGUGAUUCUAUAUACACUCGGUGUAUUUUAAAUAAAGCAGUUACUACACAUAGUACAUACAUAUAUAUGUUAAAUCGUUGUGUUAUAUUUUCAAUAUACAGCCAUCCUUCCUAGCUUCCAUUAUAUAUAUUUAAACCUUUACUCCUUCAGGUUAUGGGCACGCCCAGCACAUGUUUUCUUAUCUCGGGAUUAGAAAAAGGAUUGGCUUUGUGUAGUGAAAAGAAUCGUGCUUAAAGAGUUCUUUUGAAAAGGCUUAACUGCCUUCAAGUUGAAGAAAAUCAAAUAAACUGAUUGCUCAUAACUAGAAGUUUGUUGACAAUUAGAAGAUCUGAGCAAAGAAACAAUGAGUGAGCAGAAAGAUAAACAAAUGCUCGAUGAUCCAGAGACUGGAGAUACUCCACUUGACACGUCAGACAAAGAUAAAAAUAAAAGUAAAUUUUUAUUUAUUUUAGAUGUGGAUCCAAAUUAAUUAGAAGUUAAUAAUAGAUGCUAUUUUAGAAGUUUAGAAGCUUAAGAAGUUACGUUUAUUAAAGUAAGCGUAAAAUAAAAUCCAAACUAAAAUAUUUUUAUUAAUAAAGGGCCUGGAGUAUCUGUUAGCCCAACAAUGUCAACAACUACACGUCCAGCUACAUUGCAAUCAAGUAUGAGUGCAAUUGCAACAAGUACACCAGUUGGUCAGUCAAAAGCUCUUGCAAACACCUCAACAAGUCAAAGUACUAACACACCAACUCUGUCGACUGGUGGUGGUAUUCCAAGUACUCACCAUCAAGAUCAACAGCAACAUACUUCACAAGCUAACCAAGAAUUGCAACAGUUCUUGAGUAAGCAACAUGAAAAUAUUGAACUUCAAAACAAAGGUUUUGAGUUAAUGAAAAUUUUGAUGGAUCACAUUCAGAAAGCUUCUGAAAACUUUUUAGCUGUAGAAUGGCUACGAAUCCAAAGCACUCGAGGUAAUUUGAUUAGCUCAACUGCCUUUUUAGAUGAAACAGCAACGCAAAGAGGUGCUGGGGCAAGUGCUCAAUCAAGUCCACAAGACUUUAAUAUAGAAGUUACUAAGGCUCUUAAUGAUACUAUUACUGCUUUAAGAACUACUUUAGAGUCAAAUAAUAAAAAAGCUAACUUUCCAGUACUGAGAAAGUAUACUCUUAAUCCAGAUGCUGACAUCAACAUUUGGAUGGAUAAGCUUAAAUCGGAAUUGGAAACUAAAGAUUUAUUAGAUGUGAUUGACUCUACAGUAAAGGCUCCUAGUAAUUUAGAUGAAGAAGCUACUAUUAAAAGGAAGCAAGCAGUAAGAGAAAUCAUUACUAGCCAUUUAGAUGAUAAAUACUAUAAAAAAGCUCUUUCAAUUAAAGAUCCUGAAACUGUUAUUAAAAAAUUGAGAGAAGCUAAAAGGGUUGAAAACAAUGUUACUCACACUUCAGUGAGAACGAAGUUGUAUGGCAUGAGACUGCAACCCAAGGAGAGUAUUGAUCAUUUUUGGAACAGAUUUGAAAAUACUAUCGUUGAAUAUGAAAACUGUGAUAACGCAGUGCCUUUGACAGAUGAAGAGAAAAGGUCAGCCUUUUACCAAGCUGUCUGCGGUGUCAUACCAGAAGUCAGGACUGCAGAUUUAAUUCACAGAAGAGUAACCAAAAAAUCAAUGACUCUGGAUGAGUUGAAGUCUCAUUUGCUGGAAAUGGAGGCUAAGAAAAAAUCAGGGAAUUCUCAGGAGCAGGUUGCGAGUGCAAACCAAGCAAAGCGCUUCAAAAGGUACCAUGACAACUGUCAUAGAUCUAAUAAGCCGGGUCAUUAUAUAAAACAGUGUCCGCUAGAAGCUACAGAUGAAUGGUAUUGAUAUAUUUGCCAAGUGAUAACUGAUCACAAUGCAAAUACCUGUACCAAAUAUGAUGCUGCUAGUCAAAGUUCAAGAAACUCCGACUACAUACGCGGUCGUGGUGGUCGUGGUCGUGGUAGAGGUAGAGGAAUGUCGAGAGGAAGAUCGACUUGGAGAGCUGGUUUCAGAGGUAAAUCCAGAGGAUUUGCUAAGACCAACCGAAAGGCGUCUGGGAAACAAGCUGUUCCACCAAAGGAUGGGGAAAACCAGAAGCCACAAGCCAGACAAGCAGAAACUAAUAACCAGUCAUAGCAGUGUGCGCAGUGGAGAGUACAAUGGAGUUCAAAGGCAACUUUUAAUUUAAUAUUUGAUUGAUACUUUUAUAUUCGUUAUUAUAUGCCAUUGAUAUUUUAUAUUAGAUGUGUUCACGAUCGUAAGUCGAUCUUAGAUGUAAUUUUAAAAUUAUUGUAAAAGAUGUAUGGGCAAAGGGAGGGAGUGUUAGAAGUGACGUGCUUUGCGCAUACAUGAGGCACCAUCUAUUAGAUGAGAAAAACAAUAUCUGGGCCUCUGGGUUAUGCUCGUGCGCAUAGACACACUCACUCUGAAAGAGAACUUUGUACGAUAAACACGUGCUUCUAUAUACACUCGGUGUAUUUUAAAUAAAGCAGUUACUACACAUAGUAUAUAUAUAUAUAU